AAGUUCGAGUGGCCACGCAAUUUAUCGAGGUUCACCCGCCCCACAACAUGUCCCCACCAAUCCGCGUUUGGCCAAUGGACAAUUGGGAUGUCGAGAGGGCAGCUUCUGUAGUGCGUGAGACCGUUCAGAAGCCUAGAUAUUGCAUCCCCAUCGCAUGUAUAUUCAUGCCUUGCUUCAUCAUGUCCAUUUGCGCACUGGCCUCAAUCCACAAUUUGGAUCCUCAGCAGCAGUUGCUUGUGAAGGAUCCAAGCGGCUAUUGGGUGCGGAAUGGGCCUUGGAGUGGUUGCGUCAUCACACACCGCGAGAAGGUUGUCCGAUCGGGAACACUGCUCGAACCUAAGCAGUAUGCGGUGGUGAAGAACGUUCGGACUGGCAGAUCUCACAACGUUGUUGGCCCUCAAUUUCUGUUUCUCGGACCUUAUGACACACUGGUCGGCGUGAAGAGCACAUUCGUGCUGCUCAAGGGGCAGUACGUCCGUCUGGUCGACCAGGCAAGAGGGACGCAGCGAGUUUUGGUGGGCCCGCAAGCCGUGGUCCCUGAGCCCACCGAGGUGGCUUCUGCGGGGGUGCAGCAGGCGCAUUUUUUGGAUGCAGAUACUGCACUUCUCAUUCGGGACAAGCAGACUGGGAUGCAGACGCUUGUGGCCGAGGCCGGGAUGUACACCCCGACUGUUGACGAGGAGGUCAUUGAAGAGCGGCAUCUUAUUCAUGUUCUCUCAUACGAGGCCCUGGUGAUUCGGGAUGCGAGGGGGCAACUUAUUCUUCACAGUGGAGCGGAAGGCGAUGGCACGGGCUCUGCUUUCUUUCUACCGCCGUACCACGAGGUCGUUGAAAUGCAUUGGUCGAAUUUCUCGAAGCCUCCAGACCAGCAGACCAUGAGCAAAGAUCUUGUCACGAGGGUUGACAUGCGUUCUAGGAGGAUGCGUUUUGCGUAUGAGGUGCGCACGAGCGAUAGCGUCACGCUCGUACUUGAAGGCACAAUCUUCUGGCAGAUCAAGAACCUGUCCAUGACCCUCGCUGCAACUGCCGACCCUGAGGGUGAUGUCUGGCACCACGCCAGGAGCUCUCUAAUCCAGUCUGCCAGCAAAGUCACGCUGCAGGCAUUCAUGGCAGGAUUCAAUGUCACUGUCGCGGAGGCGUUCGGUACGCAAGCGGCGGACAGCUUCUACUCGGAGCGUGGCGUCGAGCUACAAAGCAUGGAGGUGACGAAGUUUGACUGUGCGGACUCGGAGACAGCUGUGAUCUUGCAGUCGAUCAUCCAGGAGUCUACGAACAAAAUCAACAAGUUAACGGUGCAGGCGAGCGAGAACGAGGUGGCGGCCGCCGCAUUGAAUGCAGAGAUCCAGCUCGCAAAGCAGAAGACCGAGCUCAUCGAGACGGAGGCGGCUAACCUGCGAAUUCAAUCGAUGAAGCAGGGGGAGGCCGAGGGCUUGCAGCUAGCGGGCGACGCCAACGCCUUCAUUGCGGGCCUCGACCAGACCAUCCCCGAUGUGAACACCCGUGUAGACCUCUACACUCUCCGGCACCAGCUGCGUAGCAGGAACACGGAUACGCAGAAUCUUGCGUCCGGAACGGCGCACCUCUUCGUCGCACCCGAAGAUUUGAGCCUCAAGCUCAACGUCGGCUCGGACCAGGCGGGGCACGCGACAGACGAGUCCUAAGCAGUACCAAAGCGAUAAUUUGAAUUUUCCUUCGCGAACGCACUCGUGAUGUUUCGAAGUCCAGCGCCAAGCAGAGGUAGGGUGUAAGGCCCAGGCAGGCUACGGCAUGCUGGCGGGUCGCCGUGCCUCUCGCGCUGAUUGCCUGCACAGGGCCGGGCGUGCUAAGUCAUGCUUGCCACAUGCUUUUCCCCCCGUCAGGUUGCUGCUGUCCAGUUUUUUCUGCAUCAAGGGCACAUCGCGCGAGCAAUGUGCGCAGCUGGCCAUGGCCAUUCAGGUAUGUACCCCCCCCCGCCCCACAUGGGAAGCCCACGCGACUCCUCGAGCGCGCCAUCAUUGAGGAGGAGAGACGGUAUGCCCACGGAACCGUGAAAUUUCUUGGCUCUCCCUUUGGCGUGUGAGCUUCCAGGUAAGGUGAGCAUGGCGUGCAACAAGCAUGGGUAUGCCGAGUUCCUCGUGGGGUGGAUAGCGUAAGGGAGUGCAGAAUAUGAGCCUGCCAAGCGCUGGGCGUUGUGGGAAUGGAUCGCGCUAGGUGGCUGUUUCGGCGCGCGUGGGGGGGGUCUGGAACGGGCCGUCGCGGAGUGGCAUGGAGAGGGUGUUUCUCAAGCAAUUUGAAGUAUUGAAGAGGCUCGCGACAUUCCGACGGCCCCUGGCAUGCAGACAGAGAGUACGAGCAUAGUUUGGGUUGCACUGUUUGCCCGAGCAUCUUGGAGCGCAGGAAUCCAGGAAUACGAGUAGCCAUGCGAUGCCGAAA